AUGUCUGCAAAGUCAAUAACGUCCUCACCUUCGGACUCGACUUCAUACUCGUCGCCAUUUGCAAACGGCUCUCCUCUCUUUUCAAACUCGCCAACAUUAAAUACGCUAUGGCCAGAAGCAGCAAAUUUGGCUGUUACUACGGGCGCGGCGGCGGCUGUUGCUACUUCAUCGACCUCCAAAACAACAGCUCCACAAUCUCCAACCACCGUACAGAGGUUCAAGGAUCUGUUGAUCUUCGAAGAGAGGUUAAAGCAGAACUUAACCAUUUUGAGAAAGAAACAACAGAAUUAUGAAGCUUUUCUUGGGUCAACUGUAAUCAUAAUAAUGUUCUCGUUAUACUUUACAUGGAUACAACCGGCAUCAACGCCAACCCUCCGUUUUUUUGCUGGAAUUUUAUUGUUCAUCUCAACCGUGACGCUGCUUUGCUUCUUCUUAUUCGGAAUGUACAAUGACAAAGUUGCUGUUGCAUUAAAAUACGUUCCACGAUGCAACCGUGUCUUAAAAUCCUUCAAUAUGCAUUUUAAUGAGGGGAAUUCUGGUAAAUUGACAUUUUGUGACAAGAUACCGAAGCCACUGCAAGAGGGAUUCGAACGGUACAGAAGUGCCUACUAUACUAAGAAGAAGGAACGUGCAAAGGCGAAGGCACUAGAAGGAAAGAGCAAGAAAAAGUGA